GCGUGCAAGCAAGCAACACAUGUAUGACGUUCAUUGGGAACUAUUACUUUAAACCAAGUAGCAAGCAGAAUAUAUUUUUUAAGUAACUGUUGCUAGCUAGAUGAUAUCAUCACACAUUGGAUCGAGCUAUCUAGCAGGCUACAUGACGUUCGCUGUGAGUACUGUACUUGGCUCCACGCAUACAGUACGUGCGGGUUCGUCGUCUGCUAUCUUACUAGUAGUACCGCUGGAAGUCCAGUGUCCUGGCUCUUGAUUUUUUUUCCCUGAACGAUUCUGAACUGAGACGAGCGGCUGGAUGCAGAUGAUUGGUCCACAAGAAAGCGAAGAGUUACUGAAGAAUGAAGUACAAUCAUUUCAGCAAUCCUCUUCUUCAUCCUCAGUCCUCUUGUCCACGACUGAUCAUAUUUGUAGUUUGAUCUGGAACACGAGUGACCUAAAACCUCUGGACAGUUCCUGACUGGACUGCUGUUACCUCUGCAUUCUCGCCUUCCCCGUGAUUUCAUCUCCACAGCAUACCCUUGAAAUAAAGGGUCAACCUUUUGGGAUAAACAUUACACACUUUCUGGGAUAUAGGAAAGUGUGUAAAAUAUCUGGGAUAUAGGCCUACACUUCAGUUGAGAUCUUCUCUGUGAGCAGACUAGGCCUAUACAUUUUUCCUCGUCUCGUGAUAUUGUGGUGUUAUUCCUUUGGUGAGACCACUAUGGAGUGGAAUAUGGAGUACUGUAUGGAGCAGGUUAUGCAGAAGGACCUGGGUCGGAGACUACAGGUGGGCCAGGACAUCAUAGACUCCAUCCUGGACAAGGACAAGUCCCAGGACCUGGAGCAGGACCAGACCAUGCUGGACAGAAUGGUGGAUGGUGUCGCUACCAACUGGGUCAACUCCAGCAAUUUCAAGGUGGCUUUGUUGGGAAUGGACAUACUGACAGCUUUGGUAACAAGACUACAGGAACGGUUUAGGACACAGAUUGGAACUGUUUUGCCGAGUUUGAUAGAUCGACUAGGCGACUCAAAGGACCAAGUCCGAGACCAGGACCAAGCUCUUCUGCUAAAGAUCAUGGACCAAGCUGCUAACCCACAGUAUGUAUGGGACCGAAUGUUAGGAGGAUUCAAACACAAGAACAACAGGACCCGGGAGAGUGUCUGCAUUUGCCUUAUCGCCACGUUAAAUGUAUAUGGAGCUCAAGGCUUGACCCUCAGCAAAAUUGUCCCCCACAUAUGUAAUCUUUUAGGAGACCCUACAAGCCAGGUGCGAGACGGGGCCAUGAACUGUCUUGUUGAAAUCUACAGACACGUCGGGGAGAGGGUGCGGAUGGACCUGGGGAAAAAGGGUCUGCCACAGUCACGGUUGAAUGUCAUUUUCAGUAAAUUUGAUGAAGUUCAAAGAUCGGGGAACAUGAUCCUGUCCCCUGUCUCAGAUAAGAACUAUGAUGAUGAUGAUUCGGUGGACGGGGGGCGGUCCUCCUCUUCUAAGGGCCCCUCGUCAGGGAAGAAGGCAGUGAGCAUGGGGUCGUUCCGUAGGCCCAGCUCUGCUUCCAGCACCAAAUCAACAGGGAGAGAUGGUCCUAGUGCGGCUGCUGCAGGGGCUGUGGAUGAGGAGGACUUCAUCCGUGCCUUCGAGGAAGUGUCCACUAUGGAACUUUUCUCUAACAGGGAAAUGGAGGACGCCAUGACCAAGAUCAGGGAGGUGCUGGCUGACGACAAACGAGACUGGGAGCACAGAGUCACUGCGUUGAAGAAGAUGCGUUCUCUGCUCCUGGCGGGAGCGGUGGAGUUUGACGGUUUCUCCCAGCAGCUGCGUCUCACAGAGGCAGCCUUCAAGCUGUCCUCUAAAGACCUGCGCUCUCAGGUGGUCAGAGAGGCUUGUAUCACUCUGGGCCACCUGUCCUACAUCCUGGGGAACAGGUUUGACCACUGUGCAGAGUCCAUCAUGCCCACUCUCCUAACCCUGGUCUCUAACUCGGCCAAGGUCAUGGCCACAUCCGGCAUCGCUGUCAUACGACUCAUCAUCAGGCAUACACACUACCCUCGUCUCAUUCCUAUCAUGACCAGCAGCUGCCAGUCGAAAUCUGUGGCCGUAAGAAGGCGCUGUUUUGAGUUUUUGGACCUCUUGCUGCAGGAGUGGCAGACCAACUCUCUAGAGAGGAAUGUAGCUGUUCUGACAGAGACCAUCAAGAAAGGAGUCCAUGAUGCAGACUCAGAGGCCAGAUCAGUGGCCAGGAAGUGCUACUGGACGUUCCACGGCCACUUCAGCCGGGAGGCGGAGCAGCUGUUCCAGGCUCUAGAGUCGUCCUAUCAGAAGGCUCUCCAGUCCCACAUGAAGAGUUCUGACAGCAUCCUGUCCCUCCCUGCCUCAGACCGCUCCUCCUCCUCUUCACAGGAGAGCCUCAACCGCCCUCAGUCUGCCAAGAGCUCCAUGGGAAACACCGUGACCAGGACGAAAGCGGCUCCCUCCAGAGGUCCCUCCACCCCGGGCUCUCUCCAGCGUUCCCGUAGCGACGUGGACGUGAACGCUGCUGCCACCGCUAGUGCCAAAACCAGGAUGACUCCCGUGCCCGCCUCGCCCGCCCCCUUCAGCGCUGCCUCGGCUCUGCCACCCGGCUCCUAUGCCUCUCUAGACAACACACCUGGUAACUUUAGACCAGUGGGCCGUGUGCGUACCAGGAGAACGAGUUCGGGGAGCGGCAUGGGGGCGAGUCCCUCUGUCAUAGACAGUAGGGGGAGGAGUCGAGCCAAAAUGGUGUCAGUGUCUCAACCUGGCAGUCGUUCUGGCUCCCCUGGUCGUCUCCUGAGCCAUACAUACGGCAGGAUCUCCAGGGCCACUGCAGGGACAACGCCAGCAGAAAGGAGGCCUAAAGUCCCCCGCAGCCAUGGCUGCAGCCGAGACACCAGUCCAGACAGAUCAGGCCUGGCGAGGAGUCGUAUCCCCCGGCCCAGCAUGAGUCAGGGCUGCAGCAGGGACACCUCUAGAGAGAGCAGCCGAGAUACCAGCCCCGCUCGGGGAUUCUCUCCUCUGGCAUCCAGACGUGUCUCCCGCUCCACCAGUGCUCUCCACUCGGCUGAGUCUGUGGGCCACUCAGAGCGUCUAGGUCUGGCCCACCAGGCCCGUAUCUCAGCCUCUGUCAACGCCAUGAGGAUCCUCAACACCGGGACCGAGGUGGAGGCAGCUGUAGCCGACGCUCUGUUACUAGGCGACGCCAGGAACAACAAGCGGCGGCCAGUCAGACGGCGGUACGAGUCCCCGGGGAUCUACUCAGACGACGACGCUAACAGCGACGCCAGCAGCGCCUGCUCUGAGCGCUCGUAUGGCUCACGGAACGGCGGCCCGCCCCACUACAUGAGACAGACGGAGGACGUGGCCGAGGUGCUGAACCACUGUGCCAGUUCCAACUGGUCUGAGAGGAAGGAGGGGCUGCUGGGACUACAGAACCUGCUCGUUAGCCAGAGAAUUCUCAGUCGUGUGGAGCUGAAGCGAUUGUGUGAGAUCUUCACAAGGAUGUUUGCUGACCCACACAGCAAGCGAGUGUUCAGCAUGUUUCUGGAGACCCUGGUAGACUUCAUCACCCUGCACAGAGAGGACGUGCAGGACUGGCUGUUUGUCCUGCUCACCCAGCUGCUGAAGAAGAUGGGAGCUGACCUCCUGGGUUCCGUACAGGCCAAGGUCCAGAAGGCUCUGGACGUCACCAGGGACUCGUUCCCGUUCGACCAGCAGUUUAACAUCCUGAUGCGUUUCAUCGUGGACCAGACCCAGACCCCCAACCUGAAGGUCAAGGUGGCCAUCCUGAGGUACAUUGAGUGCCUGGCCCGUCAAAUGGACCCCGCAGACUUUGUCAACUCCAGUGAGACGCGCCUGGCCGUCUCCCGCAUCAUCACCUGGACCACGGAACCAAAGAGCUCCGACGUCCGGAAGGCGGCUCAGGUGGUUCUGAUCGCCCUGUUUGAGCUGAACACCCCAGAGUUCACCAUGCUGCUGGGGGCCCUGCCCAAGACCUUCCAGGACGGAGCCACUAAACUGCUGCAUAGCCACCUGCGGAACUCCAGCAACACCAGAGUGGUUUCUCCCAGUAGCACCAUGGGACGUACUCCUCCCCCACCUCGCCACCCCAGCAGUCGCAGCAGCCCCCUCACCUCUCCCACCAACUGCUCCCAUGGGGGGCUCUCUCCCAGCCGGCUAUGGGGUUGGAGUGCUGAUGGCCUGUCAAAGUACCCCCCUCCCUUCCCUUCUCCUCUCUCCUCCACCCCUGCUGCCCCCUCCCUCAAGACCCUACGGAGUGCUUACUCUCCCAGCAUGUUGGAGUACGACACAGAGAACCUGAACACCGAUCAGAUCUAUAGCUCCCUGCGAGGGGUCACUGAGGCCAUCCAGAACUUCAGCUUCCGCAGUCAGGAGGACCUCAUGGAGCCGGGCAGAGGCAAGAGAGAGGACACGCCGGGUGUUGGAACAGCAUCACACUCUGGUGCCGACGUGGUGGAGGGGCCCGGGGGUCGCACGGCCCUGGACAACAAGACCUCCCUACUCAACACCCCCUCCCCCCGUUCCUUCUCUGGCCCCCGGGGCCGCGACUACAACCCCUACAACUACUCUGACACCAUCAGCGCCUACGACAAGGCUGCCCUGAGAGAGACGGUUUACGAGGACGACGUGGAGCAGCUUCGAGAUGGCCGCCAAGAGUGUGGUGGAGAAAACAAGAUGCUGCACACCAAGAACAGUUCCCCUGCAGAGCAGCUGGGACUGGUGGGUGAGCUGCUGAAGGAGCUGUCUAACCCCAGUGAGAGGCCAGAGGAGAGGAGGGGAGCCCUGGUGGAGCUGCUGAAGAUAGCCCGGGAGGACAGCCUGGCAGUGUGGGAGGAACACUUCAAAACCAUGCUGCUCCUGCUGCUGGAGACUCUGUCAGACCAAGAUCACACCAUCCGGGCACUGGCGCUACGAGUGCUGAAGGAGAUCUUACGCAACCAGCCGGCCCGCUUCAAGAACUACGCAGAACUCACCAUCAUGAAGACCCUGGAGCUACACAAAGACUCCCACAAAGAGGUUGUGCGGGCAGCAGAGGAGUCCGCCUCCACCCUGGCCGGCUCCAUCCACCCAGAACAGUGUAUCAAGGUGCUGUGUCCCAUCGUCCAGACGGCUGACUACCCCAUCAACCUGGCUUCCAUCAAGAUGCAGACCAAGGUGAUCGAACGCAUCACCAAGGAGUCCCUGCACCAGCUGCUGCCUGACAUCAUACCAGGACUACUGCAGGGGUAUGACAACACAGAGAGCAGUGUGAGGAAGGCCAGCGUGUUCUGUCUGGUGGCUGUCUACUCUGUCAUUGGUGAAGAGCUGAAGCCCUACCUGGCCCAGCUCACAGGAAGCAAGAUGAAGCUGCUGAACCUGUACAUAAAGAGAGCCCAGACAUCCACCAGCAACAGUAGCAGCUCCUCAGACAUCUCCUCAUACUAAUGAACAUGACCCUCCGGCUCCAUCCGUGUGUGUGCAGGUACAUACAGUACAGGGUUGUGUUCAUAGGGCACCAAACGGUGCAAAACAGACUGAAACAGGAAGGGACUGUGUGGACUACUGGUCCAAUCAGAAACACUAAUUGUAUUAUAUUUUUACAGUUUUGAAAUAUUUUCCAUGGCGUGCCCUAAUGAACGCGACCCAGAUAGGGAAACAGUUGUGCCUCAAUCUUUCUUUCCAGACCUCCUUGUCGGUUUUAAUGUAUUAUAAUAAAGGCUGUAGGCUGUUCCUUGUUGGGAAACCCUAUUGCCUGUCGCAAUCAACAUUUUAUUUCCCUCUGUUUUGUCGUCUUGUAAAUACUUUUAAUUCCACAUUUUAUUAAGAUUUGAAUGCAACACUACUUCACACCUAGUCAAAUGAAUGUAAAGAGCUUUGAAGGAAACCUGAGUCCUUUUUAAACCGUCUGAAAGGUUUUAAUGUUGAUGGAAGCCAAGUGUCGCUCUGCACACGACCGCCUCAUUGCCUCUAGUGUUCCUUCUCGCAAUGGACAGAGAGGCUUAUUUGGAAACGUGUUUGGUUAUUUGUAAAGGGGCAAUUUAAAAAUGGCGAUUUUGAUAGUAAUUAUUCCAUAGUAUUUGGCGCCUGAAGAAUUUGUUCUUGGUGACGAUGCUAUGUUUUUAAGCCUGUAUUUAAAGAAUAAUCCUUGUAGAAUUUCUCAGUUAGUGAGAAUCUAAAAACGUUAAUUUCCGUUAGUGGGAGAAGAUCAUUUGGCUGGCCAAUGAUUAGUACAUGCAGUGAAAAGCUGUGUUGAAUAAGCCUCUGUAAACUGCCUAUGUGUUACACCUGUGUUGACUGUGUGGUUUGGGCCCCAACAACUUGUGAAGGAAUAUUUUCAAUUUUCACAAGGAUUACAAUAUGUUAUUAUGAAAGGGGAGUUAUUGGUAGAGUUGGUUGAGGUUUGAGUCUGCUGUUUUUUGUGCUUUAACAUUCGGGCACGUUGUAAUGAGUCAAAACUACUGGGAUCUGAAGUAUUCUUGCAAUGUAAAACUGUAAUGACGAGUCCUAGAAUUUUCAAAUGUGAAAUAUUUUUUGUCUAAGAACAAAAUAUGGGCAAUACCUAUUUGUCAUAUAGUAUAAAGACCUUGACAAUCUGACGUAUUAGUCGAUAAUCUAAGGACAUUGUAAGUGCCAGUGCUCAACAAAAAAUCUUUACCAUUUAAAGACAUAGGAGGCAAAAAAAUAAAUAAAUUGUCUUUUGAAUUGAAUCCAGCAAUAAUGAAUUAGUAACAUAAAAUCCAACUACUUGGAUGAACUUUUUUUGUCAAAGCACUGUAAAUUACCAUUGUAAGUUAACCGUCCUUGUUUGAAAUGUAUAGAUGCCAUUUUUUAGCUCUCCUAUGAAAUGUUACUGCUGCUUUAGAAAUACUAAUCAUGGCGUUAAACCUAAUGUAUUUUACUCUCCUUAUUAUGAAUGUUAAAGGUUACAGUUUCAGUUAGAACUAGAAUUCAGAGUUUGGGUCAAUUCCAUUUCAAUUCAAUCCAUUCAGAAAUUUCAUUUCCCAAUUUUCCUCAAUGCUUGUCUAUGGGGAUUAAAAAAUGAAAUUGGAAUUUCAGUUUACUUCCUGAUUUGAUUGAAAGGAAUUGAGCCCAACCUUGUUAAAAGUCCAGAUAAAGGUGGCGUGUUACUGAGAACACUAUCGGGCCUUACUGUUUCUGUAGUAUAGUUUCACUACAUUGACUGUUAAAAUGUACUGUAACAGUGCACAAUGAUUUAUUUUUUUCUCAAAUGUGAGAACUCUUAGCAAUUUUAUCAGCUACAGACUAGAUGGAACAUUGGCUAUGACCAAGUCCAAAAUGUUGUCUAAUACAAAACACAGUAUUUCUUUUGUUAGACCUGCCUGUUGCAAUUGAAUCAAAAAUGAAACUCAAAAUUAGUGUUUUGUACAGUACUUUUAAUCAUUGAUUCACAAACUUGUUAUUAAAAGAGAGUCAGAGAGAGACCUCAUUUGCAUGCGAGGGAACAUGCAAUAUUAUACCCAGCAACCUCAAUGAUUAACUAACAUUCCCAACUCUGACUUUAUGUUGAAGAAACGUUGCUUCUAAUCUAUGAAUGUCUGGUCAGCUUGUAUUAUAUCACUCACACACACACACACACACACACACACACACACACUAUUCAUAUCCAUCACAGCUACCAAGCUAGGGCUGAUUUAACAGACCAAACAUUGUAUACUAUACUAUACUGUAACUGUAUGCUGUGUGCACACAUUGGCCUGUAUCAAAAACCAAACCCUAUUAUCCUCAAGCCAUGUAUCUUGAGCGUGUAUUUGCUUGUGCCUUGUUUUUUUUACAGUACACCUGGCAAUAUUAAUCCAUACUAAUAGCUUCUGAAUACUGCUUUUGAAUUGUUCUUUUUGCCCCCAUUUUGAAAUACUGUAUUAUAUGUCAUGAAUUAUACAGGAAAUGUGUUGCGUUGAAGACCAAGGUUAUUUCCCAAGUUGCACCCUAUUCCCUACCUAGUGCCCUACAUCUGACCAGUCUUAUGGGACUCUGUCAAAAGUAGUGCCCUAUAUAGGGCAUAAAGUUCCAUUUGGGAUGCAUCCCAAGGCUGCUGUAAAUAAAGCCAAUAGUUUAAUGGCAGUAUUUUCCACAGAUGUAAUAUUGGCUUGGCUGUUCUAUUCCUUGUGAACCACUUACAGUGCAUGCUUCUUUUGUUUAGCUUCAGUCAUUGUUUUAUCCCUCCCGUACCUAUAUUUAUAUGCAGUCUGUUAUAUUUUCUGUGUAUUAUGACAGCUGUACAUAUUUCAUGUUUUGUUCACUUCUUUCUCACGUGAUAGAAUUUGUUGAAAUUUAAACUUGAAAUAAACCAACUUCAGUCCCUGUC